AUGGAUUUCCUGCCCAUAGCAGACUGGAGCCUCAGGAUGGAUGACACGUACUUGGAUGUGUUCGUGGCCGUGCACAAACUGCUCCAAAGCUGCGGAAAACUCAUGGCAAACAUCGAGUUGAAGCUGGAGUCCGCCAAUGGAGUGGGUGUGAGGACCCAAACAACAGCAAUAGGUUUUCUAAUGACACGCCUGAUUCCGUCCACGCUGAAGCGCAAGCUUCGCAAGAAAGAGAUAUCCCGCUUCUCAAGCCAAAUAGGCCACAGUCUCGACUACCAAGUGAUGUGGCACAGCUCAAGACUCUGA